GCAUUGACAUGUUAAAUAGUUUCAUCUCACACACUUCGGGAUGGUAUUUGGGAUAACAAUUUUUAUUAAAUAAUACUUAAAAUGUGGACGAUUUCUCAGGAAACAAAUUGGGAUGAAUUGAGAUAUAUUAUUUCGAAUGGUGAUGGUGUUGAUUGUCGAGAGGCCUUGAUAAAAAUCAAAGAUGCAGUCAUUGGAAGCAACAAACAGAAGGGUGCCCUCAUCUCGCACGAACUGGUUCCUGCCAUACUCAACACUUGCAUUGAUCAAGAUCAAAGCCCAGACCGAAAAAUGGAUGCACUCGUCAUUUUAGGUUCCUUGGCGAAAGGUUCAGAGGAGCAGGUUGAAAUGCUGGUGAAGCAAUACAAUGUUGUACCAUAUUUGCUAAAGGAAAUUGCUUCAAAUAAUAAUAGUAAAAAAUGUGUUGAAAUAUGCUUGAGUACAUUAAGGUCAAUAUUUGAACAUCCAUGCGCUCCCAAGGAAAACUUUCUAGCCGAUUCGGACGUGUUGAAACACUUUUUGCGGCUAGCUUCAGCCAGCAGUUCCUUAAAAACUCAAAUAUGUAUAACAAGCAUACUUGUGUCCGUGUGUCAGACAAAUGAAGAUCAACUUCGGCUCUUGCAAGCUGGAACAUUGCAUAUAUUAUCUCGAAUGAUUUGCUAUGACAAUGAGGAUAUACAAAUACCGGCGCUUCGUUGCUUGUCCUGCAUGUGCUACACAAAUCGAUCUGUAGCGGACAAUAUUUGUGUUAUUAGUUUUCAAGGUAGAUCUUUACCAGAUAUCCUAAAUUCCCUAAUGUCGAGACUGUUUUGUCCAGAAAUACAGUUGUCUGCGGCUAGAUGCCUAACCUAUGUUUACAGGUCGGGUACUCUGCCAUCAACGGAUAACAGGAUAUCCCAAAAAGCGCUCCCCACCUUAGCCCGCUUAUGCGCCGAAAGUUUUGACCAUUCAAUAAGAGCCUCUGCCUCGGAGACGCUAGCAUAUCUGAUAGAGAUUGAUUCGGAAUUGCAGCGCACGGCGGCCAUAACAAAUCAUCUGCUUAAGUCACUAUCCGAUUUACUGCAAAGUCGAGAUCCCUCAGUUAAACAGUCUGCGCUAUGUUGUUUUGCGUCAUUAGGGGCAAAUGAUGAGGCAAUCAGAAAACGAUUAAUGGAUACAUAUGGUCUAAUCAAUGCCAUAUUGAAUGGCUUAAAAGAUAAUAACUCACAGGUGAAACUAGCUGGGAUUAGAUGUUUGCAUUCGCUCUCGAGAUCUGUUCAGCAAUUACGAACAACAUUUCAAGAUUACACAAUUUGGGAACCACUGAUGGGAAUAUUUGCAACCGAAACCUCUAUUGAAUAUCUGGUUGCUGUAACCUCAACCAUUUGCAAUCUACUAUUAGAAUUUUCACCAUCCAAGGAACCCGUUAUUAAUGCUGGCAUUAUUGACAGAUUGUGCCAAUACACUACGCAUGCAGAUGCCUCCCUAAGGUUGAAUUGUGUAUGGGCUUUAAUGAACGUGUCAUUUCAGUCUGAGUUAUACGUUAAAACUGAUAUUAUCAAUACUCUUGGAACAAAACGAAUAUUGGAGCUGUUGAAUGAUACUGAUAUCAGGAUUGUGAUGAAAACAUUAGGAUUGUUAAGAAAUCUUUUGAGUAAAACUUAUCAUGUUGAAGUAAUUAUGAGUGUGCAUUCGACUCAAGUGCUCGAAGCUAUAAAUAAGUUACUAGAAUCCGAACAAUCAGCGGAAGUUAAAGAACAAGCAUUAUGCAUUAUUGGUAAUAUUGCUGCUGAAGCUCAAGAUGGAGAUUACAUCAUAAUGGAUAAAAAAAUUAUGGGUCACUUAGCUGCCUUUUUGUUCCAUACAGAGAAAAAACUUCAAGCAGGCGCACUUUUUGCAAUCUAUAAUCUCGUUCAUCGGAAGGACUCAUGGUCAAUGGAAAAGUAUUCUCGACUAAGUGAAUUAAAUAUUAUAAAAAAUAUUUAUGAAUUAAAUAAGAAAACUAUACGAAACAAAGCACAAUGUGAAGAUUAUAUAGGCAGAACUUUAAAGCAAAUUGUUAUACAAUGUAAACAUUUCUACCCGGAGAUUUUGCAGUAAUUAUUAAACAAAAAUAUACACAAUACUGUACAUAUGAUUAAUAAUAUUAUAUUAUUACAACAAUAGUUUUAUGUUUUCAAACAGUUUUUCUUGUUGAAAUAUACUGUAGCGUUUUGAACGUAAGUUGUUUUGAUAAUUAAAAACGUAAAAAUAUAACUCAAAUUUA